AUGGAUACGGAAUGUGGGGAAAGGAGAAGUAGUAGAGAUUUCAAAUCAAAUCUACCAAAUAAAAAUAAAAUGGAACCCAAAACCUAAAACACAAAAUCUACAAUAAAAAUCAGUUCCCCGAUCUAAAUGCUAGUGAAGAGAGGAAAAUGCGAAUGA